GCGGUUAAAUUUGAACGCGGGUGGGCGGCUGGCUCGGUUCAGCAGUUGAGGCGGCGGCGCGGUGCAGCGGCGCGUCAGGAGCCUGAGGAGACUGUCAGCUGGUGAGCGGCAGUACGGCGGGAAGCUGACCAUUGUUUCUGGGUCUUGGGAGCUUUCGGCUUUCCAGGGCACACAGUCGAACCCACGUCGUCGCCUUCCGCCCUCCCGGCGGCCUGCACAGGCCUCCCCAGCCCCUGUUCCUUCAGGCGGCCGCCAUCUUCCGUCAGGCUGUGGAACCUUCCGGCGCGGCCAGCGAGAAAAAAACAUUUCUUCAAAAGAUGAAUGGAAUAUCUUCAGCUGCUAAUGAAGAAAAUGACAGUACAGAAAGACCUGCUAGAAGACGACGUUCCUCAAUUUUGAAACCCCCAAGGAGUCCUCUUCAGGACCUCGGAGAUGGAAAUGAAAUAACACAGGGACCCAAUGCCUUCAGAAGUAGGAAAAGUUCUCGUCGAGUAAGCUUUGCAGAUACUAUAAAGGUAUUCGAGACAGAAUUGCAUAUGAAAACAGAGAAAAAGUCAGAAAAUUCAGAAACAGAAGGAAGAGAAAAUGUUAUUUUUAUACAGAAUAAAAGUCCAGAAGAUAACAACUGUGAAAUUACUGGAAUGAACACAUUGCUUUGUGCUCCUAUUCAGACACAGGUGCAACGGAGAAAGAUUUCAAGUACAGAGCAUAAUUAUGAAAGGACUCAUCCAAGUGACCAGACAGCCAUCUUUCCAGAUGAAAACAAGAUGGAUUUCACAGCAAGUCACACUGUCAUGAUUACCAACGGCCUCUUAGCUUGUACCAAAAGUGAAAAAUCUAGCAAGAUAGAUACUACUUCAUUUCUGGCUAAUUUAAAGCUUCAUACUGAGGAUUCAAGAAUGAAAAAAGAGCCAAUGUUUUCCUUGGGUCAAAAUAGCACUUCAGAAAGGAAAAUAAAUUUCAAUGACUUCAAAAAAAGAUUGGAAGCUGGAAAAUUUAAUGCUUGUUCUUCUACAGGACCUGAUAAAGAAAAUUUAGAGAUACCAGUUUAUUACAAAGAUUCAAAUAGGGGUUCUGCUAUACAUCAAAAACAUGUAGCUUUCAAUGCUGAUGAAAAUAACAGUAAUAUGACUAAAAUCUUAAGAGAACAAGAUGAUGUGAUGAAUUUCACCCAGUGUCAUACAGUGAAUAUUCAGACUUUGGUUCCCACACCCAGCAAGGCCCAUUUAAGGGAAUUUAAAGGUGAUGAUACUACAAUUUGUGGCAAUGACUGUAUGGACUUGACAACUAACCACACUGUACAGAUUUUACCCUCAGCAGAUAAUUUAUCUGAAUUAGAAAAUCAGACUCACGUCUUGAUGGAUAUUGCAACAGAUUAUGGAACUAACACUCAGGGGAUUAAGAUAAUCUUUAAGGAUAAAUUGAAUACUUCCUUUCAAGAUCCUUCCUUAAACCCAAAAGGAACUUCAGAAACAGCUUUGUAUGCAUGUGGUCAGGAAGACAUGGAGGUAACUAGAAGUCACACAACUGCCAUCGAUUGUAAAACUGUCACCACUAAUGAGAUUUUUAGACCUAUGGACAAAACUGUAAUGUUUGUAGAUGAUCGUGAUGAACUAGAAAUGACAAAAUCUCAUACCAUUUUCAUCGACUACCAAGCACUGGAAAAAACUGAACUCCCAGGCACACUUAACUCUGAACUAUCUGAAAAGAAAAGCCUCAAAAAAUCAAAAGUGGUAUCUAUUCCUGCUGAGGAAAGUGUUUUCUUUCCAGAGAAUGGUGAAGGUGGUGACCAUUCAACAGCAAAAGUCAGCCAGCUAACUCUACCAGGAGUAGGGUCUGAUAAUGACCCUGGGAAGAAAGUGGCAGCACUUGUAGGUGAUGGUAACAUGGAAGUAUCUCAGUCAGCUGUUGGGAAAAGUAGCAGACAUGUACAAAAUCCUGAGUUUCUGAGUGAAUUAAGUCAAAGUCAGAGAAGAAAAAGCCUCAGACUCAAAAAUGACAAGACUAUUGUAUUUUCGAAGGAUGAUGAUGACAUGGAUAUCACCAGGAGUUGUACAGUAGAAAUUAAUCAUAGACCUUUGUUAGGUGAACAUAAUUCCCAUUUUGUUCCUUUGGCAGGAACUUUAGAAACAGCUUUGUAUGCAUGUGGUCAGGAAGACAUGGAGGUAACUAGAAGUCACACAACUGCCAUCGAUUGUAAAACUGUCACCACUAAUGAGAUUGUUAGACCUAUGGACAAAACUGUAAUGUUUGUAGAUGAUCGUGAUGAACUAGAAAUGACAAAAUCUCACACCAUUUUCAUCGACUACCAAGCACUGGAAAAAACUGAACUCCCAGGCACACUUAACUCUGAACUAUCUGAAAAGAAAAGCCUCAAAAAAUCAAAAGUGGUAUCUAUUCCUGCUGAGGAAAGUGUUUUCUUUCCAGAGGAUGGUGAAGGUGGUGACCAUUCAACAGCAAAAGUCAGCCAGCUAACUCUACCAGGAGUAGGGUCUGAUAAUGACCCUGGGAAGAAAGUGGCAGCACUUGUAGGUGAUGGUAACAUGGAAGUAUCUCAGUCAGCUGUGGAGAAAAGUAGCAGACAUGUACAAAAUCCUGAGUUUCUGAGUGAAUUAAGUCAAAGUCAGAGAAGAAAAAGUCUUAGACUCAAAAAUGACAAGACUAUUGUAUUUUCGAAGGAUGAUGAUGACAUGGAUAUCACCAGGAGUUGUACAGUAGAAGUUAAUCAUAGACCUUUGUUAGGUGAACAUAAUUCCCAUUUUGUUCCUUUGGCAGGAACUUUGGAAACAGCUUUGUAUGCAUGUGGUCAGGAAGACAUGGAGGUAACUAGGAGUCACACAACUGCCAUCGAUUAUAAAACUGUCACCACUAAUGAGAUUGUUAGACCUAUGGACAAAACUGUAAUGUUUGUAGAUGAUUGUGAUGAACUAGAAAUGACAAAAUCUCACACCAUUUUUAUCGACUACCAAGCACUGGAAAAAACUGAACUCCCAGGCACACUUAACUCUGAACUAUCUGAAAAGAAAAGCCUCAAAAAAUCAAAAGUGGUGUCUAUUCCUGCUGAGGAAAGUGUUUUCUUUCCAGAGGAUGGUGAAGGUGGUGACCAUUCAACAGCAAAAGUCAGCCAGCUAACUCUACCAGGAGUAGGGUCUGAUAAUGACCCUGGGAAGAAAGUGGCAGCACUUGUAGGUGAUGGUAACAUGGAAGUAUCUCAGUCAGCUGUGGAGAAAAGUAGCAGACAUGUACAAAAUCCUGAGUUUCUGAGUGAAUUAAGUCAAAGUCAGAGAAGAAAAAGUCUUAGACUCAAAAAUGACAAGACCAUUGUAUUUUCGAAUGAUGACAUGGAUAUCACCAGGAGUUGUACAGUAGAAAUUAAUCAUAGACCUUUGUUAGGUGAACAUAAUUCCCAUUUUGUUCCUUUGGCAGGAACUUUGGAAACAGCUUUGUAUGCAUGUGGUCAGGAAGACAUGGAGGUAACUAGAAGUCACACAACUGCCAUCGAUUGUAAAACUGUCACCACUAAUGAGAUUGUUAGACCUAUGGACAAAACUGUAAUGUUUGUAGAUGAUCGUGAUGAACUAGAAAUGACAAAAUCUCACACCAUUUUCAUCGACUACCAAGCACUGGAAAAAACUGAACUCCCAGGCACACUUAACUCUGAACUAUCUGAAAAAAGCCUCAAAAAAUCAAAAGUGGUAUCUAUUCCUGCUGAGGAAAGUGUUUUCUUUCCAGAGGAUGGUGAAGGUGGUGACUAUCCAACAGCAAAAGUCAGCCAGCUAACUCUACCAGGAGUAGGGUCUGAUAAUGACCCUGGGAAGAAAGUGGCAGCACUUGUAGGUGAUGGUAACAUGGAAGUAUCUCAGUCAGCUGUUGGAAAAAGUAGCAGAGAUGUACAGAAUCCUGUGUUUCUGAGUGAAUUAAGUCAAAGUCAGAGAAGAAAAAGUCUUGGACUCAAAAAUGACAAGACUGUUGUAUUUUCGAAGGAUGAUGAUGACAUGGAUAUCACCAGGAGUUGUACAGUAGAAGUUAAUCAUAGACCUUUGUUAAGUGAACAUAAUUCCCAUUUUGUUCCUUUGGCAGGAACUUUGGAAACAGCUUUGUAUGCAUGUGGUCAGGAAGACAUGGAGGUAACUAGAAGUCACACAACUGCCAUCGAUUGUAAAACUGUCACCACUAAUGAGAUUUUUAGACCUAUGGACAAAACUGUAAUGUUUGUAGAUGAUUGUGAUGAACUAGAAAUGACAAAAUCUCACACCAUUUUCAUCAACUACCAAGCACUGGAAAAAACUGAACUCCCAGGCACACUUAACUCUGAACUAUCUGAAAAGAAAAGCCUCAAAAAAUCAAAAGUGGUAUCUAUUCCUGCUGAGGAAAGUGUUUUCUUUCCAGAGAAUGGUGAAGGUGGUGACCAUUCAACAGCAAAAGUCAGCCAGCUAACUCUACCAGGAGUAGGGUCUGAUAAUGACCCUGGGAAGAAAGUGGCAGCACUUGUAGGUGAUGGUAACAUAGAAGUAUUUCAGUCAGCUGUUGGGAAAAGUAGCAGAGAUGUACAGAAUCCUGAGUUUCUGAGUGAAUUAAGUCAAAGUCAGAGAAGAAAAAGUCUUAGAUUCAAAAAUGACAAGACCAUUGGAUCUUUAAAAAGUGAUGAGAAUGACAUGGAUAUCACCAAGAGUUGUGCAGUGGAAAUAAAUAGCAGUAGUGACCUGGAAGACAAACAGGACUCCCAUUUGCUUCCUUUGUCAGUAACAUCUAAAACUCUCUUAUAUACAUGCGGGCAGGAUAUGGAACUCACUAGAAGCCAUACAGCUGCCUUACAAUGUGAAACUGCCUCAAUAGAUAAAAUAACCAUUAGACCUUUGGACAAAACUGUAAUGUUUGUAGAUAAUCACAAUGAACUGCAAGUCACCAAGUCCAAUACUGUUUUCAUUGAUUGUCAAGAGACAGAAAAAUUACUUUAUGAAUCCACUAAACUUGGAAUUACAAAAAGUAACACCCUGAGUAUUUCUUUUCCUACAAACAGUUGCUCUUUUAAAGAAAUGACCAAUAAACAAGCACUGGAUGUAGAAGACAAAAUUAUUAUUCACAAUAAGAAAAACCAUCGUGUACUACCCUUUAUUCCUACUAAUACAUUGUCUAAGAGUCAAAGUGAAAUAGAAAUCAAGUCCCAUAGCAAUUCUGUGGAUAAAGAGGUUAUGGGGAAAGUUGCAGACCAGGCCUGUACAUUGGAAAAAGCCCAACUUGAAAACUAUCAACUAAAUCGUGACAAUCUGUUGGAUAUUAGUAACCUUAAUUCAAAGCAAGUGUCAUAUAACCUGGAAGACCCUAUAAUUGCAUCAAAUUCUGGAAAUAUUAGUAAUAUAAAGCCAGAUCUGAAUAAUAUGGAUGGAAAAGCUAAAGAAUUUUUAGAUUCCCAAACUGUUCAUGUACCCCCUUCUUCAGUACUGGAAUUAAUAAGUAAGGCAAAUGAUACAAAUAUAGUGCAAGCUGCCAAGGUAGAUACUUUUAACACAGAGUCCAGCAAAAUUAAAGAUGACAGAGCUGAAGAAAAUACAACAUCUUGUAAUGAAGAUGCCAACCCUAUACCAUUAACAGCAGUUGUAAAAGAUAAAAUGAGAAGAUGUUCUUUGGGAAUAUUUUUGCCUAGAUUGCCAAACAAGAAAAAUGUUAGUGUCACAGGUAUUGAUGAUUUGGAACAAUUUCCAUUAGACACAACUGAUUUAUAUCACUUAGAAACUCAACCAGUCUCCAGUAAGAAUACAGGCACUGGAUUUGUUGUAACUAAGCUGGACUUUAGUCCUUCACAAUAUAUAAAUGAGGAGAAUCUUCCUAUAUAUCCUGGUGAAAUUAAUUCCUCAGACUCUAUUAGCCUAGAAUUGGAGGAAAAGGCUUUGACUGAGACAUGCCAAAAAGAGAUUUUGCCACUUGAAAAUAAAAUGGAAGAAACCUGCAAUAGCCAAAAAAGAAGCUGGGUACCAGAAGAAGAUGAUGUUCAGAAUGAGAAAAAAAUCAGAAAAAGCAACACUAGGGUUAGUGAUACUGCACCAGAUCAGAUUUCUGAUCACCAUACUGAAGGGGAUACAGAUAAAAUUACUAACAGUGCAUUAAUAAAAAGCCUAAGCAGAACACCAUCCAGCUGCAGCAGUUCUCUGGAUUCACUCAAGGCUGAUGGAACCUCUCUGGACUGCAGCACACAACACAGUAGUCAUAUGGAAUCACAGUAUCUCAGAGACACUAUUUGUGAAGACAACUUGAAGGAGAAACUCAAAGAUGGGAAAAUAACACUAAAAGAAUUCUUGAUACUCCUUCAAGUUCAUAUUUUAAUACAGAAACCCCGACAGAGCAGUCUCCCAGCCAAAUUGACGGUAAAUACACCCCCUACUCCAGAAGACAUGAUGUUAAGUCAAUAUGUUUACCGACCUAAGAUACAGAUUUAUAGAGAAGAUCGUGAUGCUCUUCACCGAAAGAUUGAAGAACUAAAUAUCUCUGCAUUGAGUCAAGAUAAACUGUUGACUGAUGUAAAUAGGGACCUAUGGGAGAAAAUGAGACUCUACUCUGAUGAAGAGCUGAAGGCCUUUGGAUUUUACCUGAACAAAAUUAAGUCACGCUUUACCAAGAUGACUAAAGUCUUUACUCACCAAGGAAAAGUGACUCUCUACAGCAAAUUGGUGCAGUCUGCUCAGAAGGAAAAGGAAAAACUUCAGAUGAGGAUAAAUGAAAUGGACAACAUACUUCAGAAGAUUGAUAAGUGCCUCAAUGAUGUGGAAAUAGAAACUAAGAGUUUGGAGCAUGAAGAAAAAGACAGUUUUAUGGAAGAAUGGGGUUCUGAAGUGAAAUCUGCAGAGAAAGAACUGGAACAGUUGAAAACUGAAGAGAAAGAGCUUCAAAGAAAUCUCUUAGAAUUGGAGGUGCACAAAAAACAGACCCUUGAUCAAAUAAACUUAGUGAGAAAACAAACAAAUGAGACUGAAGAGCUACUGGAUCAACUGAGCUUGUCUGAGUGGGAUAUCAUCGAGUGGAAUGAUGAUCAAGCUGUGUUCACUUUUCUUUAUGACACAGUAGAGCUUACUAUGACUUUUGGAGAGCAAGUAGUUGGUGUUCCUUUCUUGGAUAAGACUUUUUAUAGGAAGAUCGAUAAUUUGAAUUUUCAGUCUCUGUUAGAUGAGGAUAAAGCUCCUCUUUCCACCUUGUUAGUUCAUAAGCUUGUCUUCCAGUACAUUAUGGAACAAGGGUCCUGGAAGAAGAAAUAUACUACACAGCAUCAGGUACCCAAGAUGCUUCAAGAAAUCUCACUGGUAACGAGUCGUUGCAGACUUCUUGGAGAGGAGAUUGAGUUUUUAAAGAGAUGGGGACCAAACUAUAACUUAAUGAACAUAGAUGUGAAUAAUACUGAAUUAAAGCUUUUAUUCUCUAGCUCUGCAGCAUUUACAAAGUUUGAGAUAACUUUGUCUCUCACAGCUAAUUAUCCAUCUGUACAGUUACCUUUAUCCAUUCACAUUCACCUUGGAGACAUUGGCAAAGAUGAAAUCACUGCUGUUCUGUCUAAAGUGCCACAGAAGGACAACUACCUCAAGAAUGUGGUCAAGCACAUUUACCAAGAUCUGCUUCAGGACUGCCAUUUCUCCCCCUAGACCCAUGGGCCACAGCUAUAACAAGCAAUUACAAUGUACUUAAUGAUACUAUGUCAGAGUUUCCUUUGUUGUUUAAUCUUUGUUUUUACAUCAUAGAUAGAAGCCUAGUAAAAUUCCUUUUGAUGAUAUUACAGUUUACAAUAUGAUUUGUAAGUUUUUACAGUAAGAAAUGAUCAAAGACCUUCAAUAACCUGCUGUCUGCUUGUUCACUUUUCUAGUAAAGGUUUAAGUAGAACACUUAGAAGAAAAUUCUCCUGGGAGUCAGGCUGUAGCACAGCGGGUUAAGCGCAGGUGGCGCAAAGCACAAGGACCGGCAUAAGGAUCCUGGUUUGAACCCUGAUUCCCCACCUGCAGGGGAGUCGCUUCACAAGCGGUGAAGCAGGUCUGCAGGUGUCUAUCUUUCUCUCCUCCUCUCUGUCUUCCCCUCCUCUCUCCAUUUCUCUCUGUCCUAUCCAACAACGACAACAACAAUAAAACAACAAGGGCAACAAAAGGGAAUAAAUAAAUAAAAUAAAUAUUAAAAAAAUAAAAAGAAAAAAAAGAAAAUUCUCCUAACUGAAGCAGUACUCUAUCCUUUGUUAUAUGCUAUAAAUCGUAACUUUUAAGUCCAAGAGGAGGAAUCACCACUAAAAAACUUUAACUAUUUCCCCAUAUAUAGAAUUAUGAUUUCUAGGUUGCUUUGCAUCUGCCUAGCAGAUAUAUCUGGAAUACAGACAAGUCUGUUUACAAACUACUCAUUCUCCUUUUUUCCAUUGCAGACAUACUACUGAGUUAUUGGGAAAGUUAUGACAUAUUUUGUUGUUUUUCUAUGCAAAAAUGCAUCAUAUUUCUGACAACUCAAGAGAAUAAUAGUACUCAACUACUGCAAUGGUUGUCAUCUUUUCUGGAGGGGGCCUGGCAUUCUUUUAUUAUAUAGUAUCAGUGUUUUCUCAAUAAGUAUAAUUUUGACCCAACAUAUGUAUAAAUAUAUUUUUUUUCUUGUGAUACAUUAAGAUCAAGAAAAAUGUGUGUGCUUGUGUGUGUGUUAUGUAUAGCAGAGCUGGUGAAGUGACUCAGCUGUAGAGCACUGACUCAGCAUAUGUGAGGCUUAAGGGUUAUCUCUACACCAAAUGAGAACAAUUAGGAGAAACGUGUUGGUGUUGGAGCAGUGAUCUGCACUCACACUCAUAUGUGCGCUCUCUCCAAAAUAAAAGAAGGUACUAUGGAGCUGA